AUGGCGGAGCCGGCGCUCCUGGACCCCUCCCCCUUCGAUCUCCGCCACUACCCGGCACACCUCUUCGACCCGGACCUCCCCCUCGCCGCCGGUGGCCUCCCGCUUGGCGAAUUCGCCGGCGACGACGGCUGCGAUGGCCUGGAGUUCGACCUGCCCGUAGAUUUCUCUAUCGACGACUUCCUCCUCCGGUCCCCCGACCGCGGGGACGACGGCGACGACUCCGGCGAGGGCUCCGCCGCCGGAUCCGGCCCCGCCGCGUCCUCCCCGGCCACCUCCGGCGCCAACUCCGCUGUGGCCAACGCCGGCGUCCGCGAGGUGAAGCACGAGGACUUGGACGAGGGAAGGAGCGGCGCCGCCCCGAACUGGAGCCUCAAGCGGAAGCAGGCGAGUCCCGGAGGAGCGACCUCGGACGGGGCCAAGUGCCGCCGAUCCGGCGAUGGGGAGCUUUCCCCGUCUGCAUCGGCGUCGCGUGCCGUCGCGGAGGACUCCGACGAGAGGUGCGCGGGCGGCGAGGAAGAGGACAAGCGCCGGACUGCGCGCCUGAUGCGGAACCGCGAGAGCGCGCAGCUCUCUCGGCAGAGGAAGAAGCGGUACGUCGAGGAGCUGGAGGAGAAGGUGAAAUCGAUGCACUCGGUGAUAAAUGACCUCAAUUCUAAGAUCUCCUUCAUCGCGGCCGAGAACGCCACACUGAGGCAGAAACUCGGUGGUGCCGGGGUGAGUGGCCCGCCACCUGGGGUGUAUCCACCGCCACCACUGCCGGGCAUUCAUUUCCCCUGGGUUCCUGGGUAUGCAAUGCGGCCUCAUGGCUCCCAUGUCCCACUUGUGCCAAUCCCACGAUUGAAGCCACAGCAGGCAGCAGCUGCAGGGAAGGUAUCCAAGAAACCGGAGGUCAAGAAGUCUGUGGAGAGCAAGAGUAAAACCAAGACCAAGACCAAGAAGGUGGCAAGUAUUAGCCUUCUUGGUUUGCUGUUUGUUGCACUUGUCUUUGGUGCUUUUGUUCCUGGGUUCAAUCAUAGUCUUGGAUUGAGAGGAAGGAGCGACAAUGUGAUGCUUGGAAAUUUUGGCCAUGCUGAUGCUAGGGUGUUUAGUGUCACUAACCAUGGUAAAGGACCUAAAGGUGGUUUGAACAGUAGUGACAUGAUUAGUACUGAUCCUGGAAUGAUUACUGGGCAUGCUGAUGGAGUGGGGCAGAAGCAUCAAUCUGCAAAUAACUCCAGUGAGAUCUUGCCUGCUUUGUUGUAUGUGCCGAGGAAUGGAAAACAUGUUAAGAUCAAUGGCAAUUUGAUUAUUCAUUCUGUGCUUGCAAGUGAGAAAGCAGUGGCACAUAAGGCCUCAAAUGGUCAGUCAGUUAAAGAUCGUAAGGAUACCAGUGUUGCUAUAGCUCGCUAUCUGUCCCCACCUGGAAAGGAUAUGAAUUCAAAAGAGACGUUCCCGCCAGAUACACCAAUGCCACAGUGGUUUCGUGAAGGAAUGGAAGGACCCGUUUUGAACUCGGGAAUGUGCAGUGAGGUAUUCCAGUUCGAUAUUUCCGCAGCUUCGGCCAAAUCUGGUGGCAUUGUACCUGCUUCUCCAACUGUGAACUCCUCAAGUGUCAAUACUACCCAGAAAAUUCCGAAGCCUGCUCCUGCUUAUGGGGGCAAGCUGAAAAACAGGAGGAUCAUGUAUAAUGAGGCGAUUCCACUCACUGGAAAAACGGUGAACAACACAAAGCCUCAGUCUUUUAACAGCACUUCUGAAAGCAGCAAGGUACCAGAUAGCAAGCCAGCAUCAUCAGUUAUCGUCUCUGUACUAGCUGAUCCCAGGGAGGCUGGCAAUGGGGAUGGUGACCCAAGAGUAUCACCAAAACCCCUCUCCAGGAUAUUUGUCGUCGUACUGCUUGAUGGUGUCAGAUACGUGACUUACUCGUGCACACUUCCUUUCAAGAGGGCCAGCCCCCACCUUGUGAACUAA